UCCGCCGCUCGACGCAUGCGCGGCGUGAGGCGGGUGGGAGGCGCAGGGCCGCGGUGGCGGCGCUCGGCGAGGGUAACAAUGGCAGCGGCGGUGGCGGCGGGCGGCGGGACGGGACCCGGAGCCGCGGCGGCGGCGGCGGGGGGAGCGGCGGCGGCGGCCGCGGCGGCGACUGCCGCCGUGGCGGUAAGCGGUGGUCCAGGGUUAGCGGCGUUGUCGGUGGCUCGACGGAAAGACGGCGGCCCGACGGGGAAGUUCUGGGAGAGCCCGGAGACGGUGUCCCAGCUUGACUCGGUCCGCGUCUGGCUGGGGAAGCACUACAAGAAGUACGUUCAAGCAGAUGCUCCUACCAAUAAAACACUGGCUGGGCUGGUGGUGCAGCUGCUGCAAUUCCAGGAAGAUGCCUUUGGAAAACAUGUCACCAAUCCUGCCUUCACAAAGCUUCCUGCAAAGUGCUUCAUGGAUUUCAAAGCUGGAGGUACAUUAUGUCACAUUCUUGGUGCUGCUUACAAAUAUAAGAAUGAACAGGGCUGGCGGAGGUUUGACCUGCAGAAUCCAUCCCGAAUGGAUCGAAAUGUGGAGAUGUUCAUGAACAUUGAGAAAACACUAGUGCAGAACAAUUGUCUGAGCAGACCGACCAUCUACCUCAUUCCAGAUAUAGAAUUGAAGUUGGCUAAUAAAUUGAAGGAUAUUGUCAAACGUCACCAGGGAACAGUAACUGAAGAGAAAUCAAAGGCUACCCACCAUGUUUAUCCAAGUCCUACCUCAAUGGAUGAUGAUGAAUGGCUGAGACCUGUGAUGAAAAAAGACAAGCAGGUGCUGGUACACUGGGGCUUUUUUCCAGACAGCUAUGACACUUGGGUUCAUGCCAAUGAAAUAGAUGCUGAAAUUGAGGAUCCUCCAAUUCCUGAAAAGCCAUGGAAGGUUCAUGCCAAGUGGAUUUUGGACACAGAUAUAUUCAAUGAAUGGAUGAAUGAAGAGGAUUAUGAGGUAGAUGAGAACAGGAAAUCAGUGAGUUUUCGACAGAGAAUCUCCAUGAAAAAUGAAGAGCCUGUACGUAGUCCAGAGAGGAGAGACAGGAAAGCAGCAGCAAGUACAAGGAAGAGAAAGCAUUCUCCUUCUCCACCCCCCACUCCUGUGGAGUCGAGAAAAAAGACAGGGAAGAAAGGACAAACAGCCUUAUAUGGGAAAAGGAGAGGGCAGAAAGAAGAAGAUGAGCAAGAAGAUCUUACAAAGGACAUGGAGGAUCCCACACCAGUACCUAAUAUAGAAGAAGUGGUACUUCCCAAAAAUGUGAACCCAAAGAAAGACAGUGAAAACACGCCUGUGAAAGGAGGAACAGUAGCAGACCUUGAUGAACAGGAUGAGGAGACAGUGGCGACUGGCGGAAAGGAAGAUGAAGAUCCUAACAAAGGUGAUCAAAGUCGGUCAAUUGAUCCAGGUGAAGAUAACGUCACAGAACAAACCAACCACAUCAUUAUUCCAAGCUAUGCAUCUUGGUUUGACUACAACUGUAUUCAUGUGAUUGAACGUCGUGCUCUUCCUGAAUUCUUCAAUGGAAAAAACAAGUCCAAGACUCCAGAAAUAUACCUGGCUUACCGCAACUUCAUGAUUGACACCUAUCGCUUAAACCCUCAAGAGUACUUGACCAGCACUGCCUGCAGAAGGAAUCUGACUGGAGAUGUGUGCGCUGUCAUGAGAGUACAUGCUUUUCUGGAGCAGUGGGGUCUGAUUAACUACCAAGUGGAUCCAGAAAGUCGUCCCAUGGCAAUGGGCCCUCCCCCUACUCCUCACUUCAAUGUGCUGGCUGAUACACCCUCUGGACUUAUGCCUCUCCAUAUCCGCACUCCGCAGGUUCCAGCUGCUCAGCAGAUGUUGAGUUUUCCUGAGAAGAACAAAGAGAAGCCUACUGAUCUGCAGAACUUUGGACUUCGCACAGACAUUUACUCAAAAAAGACUUUAGCAAAGAGUAAAGGUGCAAGUGCUGGAAGAGAAUGGACAGAACAAGAGACAUUGCUGCUAUUAGAAGCUCUGGAGAUGUAUAAAGAUGACUGGAACAAAGUCUCAGAGCAUGUUGGGAGCCGUACCCAAGAUGAAUGCAUUCUCCAUUUUCUGAGACUUCCAAUUGAAGACCCCUAUUUGGAGAACUCUGAUGCAUCUCUGGGCCCGCUGGCUUACCAGCCCGUACCUUUCAGCCAGUCUGGCAAUCCAGUGAUGAGUACCGUUGCUUUUCUGGCAUCGGUGGUGGAUCCCCGGGUGGCAUCAGCCGCAGCAAAGGCUGCGUUAGAGGAAUUUUCUCGAGUCAGAGAGGAGGUACCACUGGAGCUUGUUGAAGCUCAUGUAAAGAAAGUACAGGAAGCAGCAAGAGCCUCUGGGAAGGUGGAUCCAACAUAUGGACUAGAGAGCAGCUGCAUUGCCGGAACAGGUCCAGAUGAGCCAGAGAAAAUCGAUGGAGCUGAAGAAGAAAAGAUGGAAACCGAGACAGAUGGGCAACAGUCUGAGAAGGUUGAAAACAAAGCAGAGAGUGAAAUUGAGGAAGGCGAUAAAGUACAAGAAGGAGAAAAUGAGAGAAAUCCAGAAAAAGAGCAAGACAGUGAAGUGACUGCAGACCCCAAGCCAGAAGAAAAGGAGGCAGAAGAGAACAAGGAGAACGUUGAUGCAAGCAAAGACAAAGAAAACGAGGCUGGGAAGAAGAAAGUGGAACACGAAAUCUCGGAAGGAAACGUAGCUACAGCUGCAGCUGCUGCCCUUGCCUCAGCUGCCACCAAAGCAAAGCACCUAGCAGCGGUGGAAGAAAGAAAGAUCAAGUCCCUGGUUGCCCUUUUGGUGGAGACACAGAUGAAAAAGCUGGAGAUAAAACUUCGCCAUUUUGAGGAGUUGGAAACCAUUAUGGACAGAGAGAAAGAGGCAUUAGAGCAGCAGAGACAACAGUUGCUGACAGAACGCCAGAAUUUUCACAUGGAACAGCUGAAAUACGCUGAAUUAAGGGCUCGUCAGCAAAUGGAGCAGCAGCACAGUCAAAACCCCCAGCAGCCUCACCAGCACUCCAGUGGGCCUGGGAUGAACCCCCUUGGGGCAGCAGCACAUCCAGGCUUACUGCCUCAUCAGCAGCCCCCACCGUACCCUAUGAUGCACCACCAAAUGCCACCACCUCACCCACCACAGCCAGGUCAGAUGCCGGGGCCCGGUUCGAUGAUACCUGGACAGCCCAUGCCAGGCCGGAUGAUGCCAAGUGUGUCAGCCAACAUCCAUCCAGCCGGCGGUGGUCCCCCCCCACCUGGCAUGUCACCGAUGUCAGGAAAUCUAAUUGGACCUCGUGUUCCUCUAGCAGCUCCAAAUGGCAUGUAUCCCCCUCCUGCACAGCCACCUCCGCCAGCAGAAGGGGUGACCCCACCUCCGGCAGGAGCCCCGCCGGCCUCAGCCGCUCCCUAAGCAGUCAAGGAAGAAGGAACUUCUACAGCAACAUAGUGGUGACCAAAAAUGAAUUCCUCAGUUACCUUCUGUUCCCUUGGGAGGUUUUCACCUCCCGUUGGCCUGCCCCGGUCAUGUAUGUGUGCAUAUACAUCCACGUAUACAAGCACAUACACACAGCGUCUUUCCCCCCCCCCCCUCUCCCCACCACUCGUAA